AUGAGUCUUCUCAGUUGGAACUGCCGGGGGUUUGGGAACCUCCGGACAGUUAAAGCCUUGGAAAAGGCUAUUAAGAAGGAAGGUCCCAUUAUUGUCUUCUUGAUGGAGACAAAGUCCUGUGAGGAAUGGAUGGAGAAGGUUAAGAAUGAGUGUAAUAUGAAGCAAAGUUGGGUAGUGCCAAGCAAUGGACGGAGUGGGGGUUUAGCUUUAUUGUGGAAAGAUGAAAUAAAAAUUGAGCUCUUAACAUUUUCUUUGAACCACAUUGAUGUGUUAGUUUCUGAUGGUCGGGGGUUGGGUAGAUGGCAUUUGACUGGCUUCUAUGGCAAUCCUGAAACAGCUAGGCGACCUGAGUCUUGGGCGAAGUUAAAACAUUUGGAGGGGGUGGCAGCCCUUCCAUGGCUAGUUAUUGGGGAUUUUAAUGAGCUAACUAGCUUGUCUGAAAAAGAAGGAGGGGGUGGGCGACCUCAACAACAGAUGGAUAAUUUUAUUGAUGUUAUUAAUUUUUGUGAUCUAAAAGAUAUUGGUUUUGUAGGGCCCAGGUUUACUUGGAUUUAUCAAAAGGCAGAUGGUACUCAAAUUCGGGAACGAUUGGAUCGUGCUUUGGCUAUGGCGAAAUGGUUGGAAUUAUUUCUAGGUGCUAAACUGUACCAUCAGUCUACUUCGGCUUCUGAUCAUUCAAUGUUACUCCUUCGUAUGGUGGCUGGUUCCAAACGUAAGAGGGUGAAGCGAAGUUUUAAGUUUGAAUCUAUGUGGCUGAAGGAAUCCAGUUGUGAGGAAGUGGUGCGGUCUGCAUGGGAGGAAGGUGUAAUUGUAUCUUCGGAUUGGGAGCUGAAUAGUUGUCUGAAAAUUUGCCGUGAUAGAUUGGAGGGAUGGAACAAAGAUGUUUUCGGUCAUGUUGGAAGAAACAUAUCAGACUUGCAACGAAGACUUGAGUGGUUGGAAUCUCAACCUUCAAAUCCGGAGUUGAUUCAAGCAUUAAAAGAGCUGAAUUGA